AUGGCGGCGAUGGCGAAUCUCGCUAACACCAUGGAAGCUAAUGCUGCUGCGACUCUGCAAGCAGUGCAGAGAUUGGGCCAACCGACUGGGAAUGGCAACGGAAAUGGGAAUGGCGAAGGGAAUACCAAUGAUAAUGCUGAAGGUAACGGCGAUAACACAGGAGGAGUUCCGAUGACCCUGGCGACGUUCCUCAAGCUAGCGGGAGAGGCCCAGCCCUGGUGGCAAGCUGAGUGUCGUUUGCUACAGCUUCAGAAUGCCGACAUUCCAUGGGAGGUGUUCCAAACGGCUUUCUAUAAGAAAUACUUUCCUGAGUCUGCAAGGGAAGCAAAUGAGAUGGAGCUAAUGCAACUGAAGCAAGGUUCCAUGUAUGUGGCAGAGUACACCAACAAGUUUGAAGAGCUUUGUAGGUUUUCUCGGGUAUGUCAGGGUGACCCGGAGACUUUCGAGAGCUGGAGGUGCAUUAAGUACCAAAGGGGCUUGAAGGACAACAUUAUGACUCCUGUGGCUCCUAUGGAGAUCCGUGUCUUCUCCGACUUGGUGAACAAAGCAAGGGUAGUGGAGGAGUAUGCCAAGACAGUGGCGGCAUCUAAGGACACUCAUGGAGGGAGUUCUAGUCGUGGGCGUGGCAAGUAUUUUCAUCCUAGAGGACAAAGCUUCAAAAGAGGGGGAUAUACUCCUCAAGGCCAAGGGGGCUUCAGAAAGAACAAUCAGAAUCAGUUUCAGUAUGCUAAAGGAAGAGGAAAUCAGAGUAAGAGUUCUCCGGAUUUAGCUUGUGAUCGUUGUGGACGUUUUCACCCUUAUGACUCAUGUAAGAUUGGUUUAGGUGGUUGCUUCAAGUGUGGGUUACCUGGCCACAUUGCGAGGGAUUGCCCUCGUGGGAGGAAUCAGAAUGCGGGCCAGAGUCAGCAUCAAGGUCGAGUCUUUGCUGUGAAUGCCAAGGAUGCUUCCAAGGCGGAUCCUUUGAUGAAAGGUAUAUGUCUAAUUGGUGAUAAAUCCUCAGUUGCAUUAUAUGAUACUGGAGCUUCGCAUUCGUUUAUUUCAUUUGCUAAAGUUGAGGAAUUAGGCUUGAAAAUAUCAGAGUUACCUUUUGAUCUACAUGUACAUACUCCGCAUCAAACAGUUAUGACUAGGUCAGGUUGUAGACAAGUAGGUUUCAAGCUUGAGGGUAGAGACUUUGUACACGAUUUGAUCUGUUUACCAAUGGUGGGGCUGGAGAUGAUUUUGGGGUUUGAUUGGUUGUCGAAGAACCGGGUUUUGUUGGAUUGCUUUGAACGGACAAUUCGGUUUAUGCCGGAAGGAGAAAAUGGAGCAGUGGUAGCUAUGGGGUAUUACCUGAACUCUGUAAUGGUGCAUUAUAGUAGGGAGGAGUGUCAGGGUUAUAUUCUGUUGGCUGCUAAUACGUUGGGCAAUGCCCACAACUUAGAUCGAAUUCCGGUGGUUAGUGAUUUUCCAUAA